AUGAGACACACGUCCCGUCAGGUUAUAUUGCUCUGCCGUACGGGGCAUGACAGUCUAUCGGUGAGUCUCUGUACAGGACUCUGUGCUGAAGUUCGCUGGCAAGCUCACCCUCAAGCACCAAGGCAGGUGUUUGCAAAUGUGUGAAAGAAGAGGAACAGAUUAGAGGGUGACCUGGACCCCGGUUUUCCUAUCAUGUUCCUGAUCUCCUCAAAGCCCAUGCAACCACCUCACUGGAUCACCUAAUUGCCCUGCCGCACCCCAGCCGCUGAAAUGAACUGGACUUCCUUGUGGGGCCUCAUCGGCGGGGUGAACCAGCACUCCACGGUGCUGGGUCGCGUCUGGUUCUCCCUGGUCCUCAUCUUCCGGCUGCUGAUCUUCGUGGUGGUGGCUCAGCAGGUGUGGAGCGACGAGGCCAGCCAGUUCGUCUGCAACACAGCUCAGCCGGGCUGCCGUAAUGUUUGCUACGACAGCAUGUUCCCGGUUUCGCCGGCGCGACUCUGGGCCCUGCAGCUCAUCGCCAUCAUCUGCCCGUCACUCAUGGUCUCCGCGCACAUCAAGUACCGCCAGGAGAAGGACAAGAGGUACUCGGCGGCCAACAGGGGGGUUCACCUGUACGCCAACCCCACCAAGAAACGCAGAGGCCUCUGGUGUACCUACCUGCUCAGCCUUUUCCUGAAGGCCAGCUUUGACAUCGGCUUCCUGUACAUCUUCUUCUACAUGUACCGCUACAACGUGCCGCAACUCUACUCGUGUUCCCUGGAGCCCUGCCCCAACACUGUAGACUGCUACGUCUCCAGGCCCACCGAGAAGAAGGUGUUCGUCAUCUUCAUGGCCAUCUCCUCGGUCGUCUGCAUCCUGCUGUGUCUCUGCGAGAUUUGCUACCUAAUGUGCCGCUGCUGUUGGAACUGGGAGCGCACCCUCAGCCGGAGGGCAGAAUGGCACGACCCCACUCUCACUACAGAGACCCAGGCCACUCAGCAGCAAGCCUCCGGCAAGCUGAUCAUCCAGCACAAUGACAUUGUCACGGUGCAUGAUUCUAGCACCAGCAAAAAACUGUAGGUAUGGAGACUGAAGCGAACUGCACGUUGCUCAGUCUGCCAGUUACACACGGGGCUUAACCGGCCAUGCCAGAGAGAAAAUGCUUCCCAGGAAGCAAAGGACACCCACCAAGGUGGAUGGGGUAUCGGGACACUCGUGAAUGAAAACAUACACACAAUAUUGCCGGCUAAGCGUCACCAAUAAGGUUAAAUGUCUUUGGUUUGUGAGAGGAGAUUCACAAGUAAACUUGUAGAAUUCAAAUAGAAUUCAAAGCCAUGUCCCCAGCAAUGAUGCCAUUCACUGUGCCCCGGCAAUGUGGAAUCUGAAUUACAGUCACUGAAUUACCGGGGGCUUGGAAUGUCCAUAUAAAUGUUAGAUAAAAAUAAUGUAACACUGGAAUGCAUCUUAGGGGGCACAUUCAAACAUGACAUUCGCAUUCUUCGUAGGCAUUGUAUGCGGCUGGAAAUUGAUGAGAAAUUUCUCAGUGGCUACAACAGCAAAAUUAGCUGUUUUAGUGAGUUAUUGCACAAGAGGAGACAUGAUUGACAGUCAUUCCUUUGGCACUCCCAUUUCUGAACAUCAUCUGGAUAUGCUUAUGACAAACUUCAAUUACUUUGUGUAAAUGUUUUGUAUAAUAUAUUUAAUUAAAAUGUUGAAUAAUAGAAUAAAACAGGAAUGAAAGCACAUUUUAAACAUUGCUCUUUGUAAUAAUCAUCUCCUUUUCAGAAUUAUUUGAAUCCUGACCUACUUUAAGGGAGAUACGACCUAUGUAACUGAAAAAUCAGUAAGGCCUUGAGUAGUAGCUAUUCUUCUCUACCUUCACUAGAAGGCCACAGACAUUGAUUUUAAAAAUGAACAACUCUUAUAUC